AUGCCUUCCAAAAAGGUUACUCAAGGAUCUGAGACUGCUGAUCAAUUCUCAAUUGAAGCGCCCGGAUCAUCCCCGCAAUCAAAUUACGAUUCUUCGUCCGAUGCUGAACAAGAUGAACAAGAUGACCUUUCGCAAUCUGACUCGGAUUCUCUAGACAGUCAAACUUCGCGGAAAAGGCGGAAAAGAUCCCAAGAACCAAAGCAUGAAGAUUUUCCUUUAAUCACUACUACCUCUGUCCCCUCGCGGGUGAAGGCAAAAUCGCAAAAAAGUUCCCUCGAUCUUAAAAAUAUCAACAAUAGCGCAAUACUAGCUCCUACAGAUGCGCAAACUACUUUUGCUGCCUUGGAUGUGAAGCCAUGGUUGGUGGGGUCAUUGGGGUCUAUGGCCAUCAAGCGGCCUACGGGUAUUCAAAAGGGCUGCAUACCGGAGAUAUUGAAGGGAAGGGACUGUAUAGGAGGUAGUCGUACAGGUUCUGGAAAGACGGUGGCAUUCGCUGUACCAAUCCUACAAAAAUGGGCUGAAGAUCCUUUCGGGAUCUUUGCCUUAGUGCUUACUCCUACGAGGGAAUUGGCAUUACAAAUUUACGAGCAAUUUAAAGCGAUCUCAUCUCCUCAAUCGCUCAAGGCUGUCCUGAUAACAGGUGGCUCGGAUAUGCGACCUCAAGCAACGGCCCUUGCACAACGACCACAUGUUGUUAUCGCAACCCCUGGCAGGUUGGCAGAUCACAUUAGAACCUCGGGUGAAGAUACAAUUUGUGCUUUGCGCCGGGUGCGCAUGGUGGUUCUUGAUGAAGCGGAUCGAUUACUUGCAUCUAGUAGCGUAGGAAGUAUGCUUCCAGAUGUUGAAGAAUGUCUAUCUAUCCUUCCACCUCCCGCCAAACGACAAACGUUACUAUUCACAGCUACAGUUACUCCAGAAGUACGAGCUUUAAAGGACAUGCCUCGCACACCAGGAAAACUUCCAGUCUUUGUCUGCGAAGUGGAUACUCAGGCUUUAGCAAUCCCUCCGUCUCUUAAUCAGAUGCAUCUGCAGAUACCUGUAACACAUCGAGAACACUAUCUGCACAUGUUUCUGCUUACUGAGAAGAAUCUACCAAAAUCCGCCAUUAUUUUCUGCAAUCGCACUGCUACCGCCGAUUAUAUUACCCAUCUACUGCGACUUCUUGAUCAUCGAGUCACGGCCCUCCAUUCUAAGCUUCCACAAAGACAACGAACUGAUAAUUUGGGUCGAUUCCGUGCCUCUGCGGCCAGAAUAUUAGUUGCGACUGAUGUGGCUGCUCGUGGUCUCGAUAUUCCAGAGGUGGGUCUGGUAAUCAAUUACGAUAUCCCUAGAGAUCCAGAUGACUAUAUUCACCGAGUUGGUCGUACAGCCAGAGCUGGCAGGAAAGGAGAAGCUAUUACAUUCGUAGGUCAGAGAGAUGUACAAUUAGUUCUAGCCAUUGAGAGCAGAGUGGGCAGGCAAAUGGAAGCAUGGACAGAAGAAGGUGUAAAUCUGGAAACGAGAGUCAUCAGAGAAUCGUUGAAAUUGGUAGGAGAAAAGAAACGUGAAGCUAUGUUAGAAAUCGAGGAAGGCAGAGAAGUUGGCGGGAAACGAAAGAGAGGCAUGAAGAAAUUAAGUUGA